AAGACCAAGCGACACCAGAUAGCUGUUGCUUGCAAUGCUUGCCGUCGAAGAAAGACCAAGUGCAACGGCAAUCGACCUGUCUGCUCGGUAUGCGUGGUCAAGAACUCGGAAUGUACCUGGUCGGCGGAUCCAGAUGCUACGCCAAUGAUCGCGAUAAAGCGAAAGUAUCAGAACCUCGAAACCGAGUCCCGCGAUCUCCAUGACCUGGCUCAGAUGUUGAUGGAUCGUCCACGCCAAGAAGCAAUCUUCAUCCUCGACCACAUGCGUAGAACUCGAGAUCCUUCGUCGACGCUCUCUUUCAUCAAGGAUGGUGAUUUACUU